UCAGCUCUCCAACGACGACCAUCUCCUUGCUCGCCCAUCCACUCAUAAAUAUAUACCAAAUUGCCUUCCUCACUGAAAUACUCCCUGUCCCCAUUACCCACCCCCCGCCAUUGAACUUCCAUAAGGUCCCUGGCAGCAACACGCAGUAAAAACACAAAAGAACGGACGAUAAGAAGCGCAUACGAUACCUCAAAAUGAUCAACAAAAUCACCAUGUCCGACGAAGAAUCUAGGCCAACAGUCAACAUAGGGCCGUAUAUAUCAAAAUUCGUGCGGUGUCUCCACGUCGAGGAGGACCAUCCUGCGAUUGCCAUGCCAUUUUCAUACACGCAGUUUGGCGCGGUUCUGAUGGUCGACAUCGUUGGCUUUAGUCAGAUGACAAGCAUCGCCUCGUCGAAAGGAGAUGUCGGGGCGGAAAUGCUCUCCUCCCAGAUUGGAGCCUACUUUGACUUGGCGAUCCGUAUCAUCGAGUAUCAUGGCGGAGACGUCGUGAAGUUCCUGGGAGAUGCCCUCUUAGUCGUAUUCCAAGCAGACCCUUCUGCAGAGCGAAUCUGCGGCUCUGACUCCAAUCACUUCACCACUACAGACUACAGCCUUAAUCCACUCGAUACAGUGGAAGACGAUCCUGCGGCUGUCUCGCGGCGUAACAAGGUCGUUGUCCGACGAGCCGUUGAAUGCAGUCUAGAGUUAUUAGCGCGACUUUCGGAUUACAGGAUAUAUCUAUCCGAGCGUGAAUUCGCAAGAAAAUUUUCAAGCGCACCGAGCAUUGUGGAUGAUAGCAAUUACAAUGAGGAUGACAGGAGCAGUAACCACGGCGGUGGCCUUAAACUCGUAACAAACGGCGUUCAAGGCAACGGGCCUUCUUGGAAUAGUCUGGGCCUUCUAAGCAACGGGCGCGGCCAUAACUUUCUCCAUUCUAAAGCAAACGUGCGUCGGGGCUCAUCUUCUGCAGAGUCAACGGGAAAAUCCUCCUCGCGUCGCUCUUCAGUUAGCGAUUCAGCUGAUGUUGGACAUGAUCACCCAUUCAGCCAUGCGACUGGGUCUCUCCCGCAUCCCCGCCAAGAUCCACCCGUGGAAGAAUCCUCAACCCGUUUACUAGCUAGACCCAGACCCGGGCCAGGAGAUAUUCCUUCAUUCAACAUCGUCCCGCCUACCGCGCCAUCCCCUGAGCGUAUUCACAUAUCCACACCGAAUGCGACUCUUUCCACCCCGGGCAGUCUCUUAGGGUUUCGAAAGCGGGAGGGAUCCGAAAGCUCGUCGACAAGGCCAGGAUCGAUGCGUUCAAGAGCGCGGAGUCGAUUUUUGUCAAACGCAAAGAAUUUAUUCACGCACUCUAAUUUCAACGAACAAGGCGCUUCAGGACAGGCUUUACUUGACAAUGCCUAUGUGUCAGAGGAAGCGCAUGAGCUGCAGCUGCACAUGGCGCUUUCUGCUGGCGAUAUCUCGAACAUCAUUAUUGGAGACGUCGGUGACAACAAGGGACUGGACUCCUUGCUGGUUCAAGACACGGGACGCCUGGAAUAUGCCAUCUGUGGAGAGCAGAUGUCGGCCCUAGAUUACGCACUCAACCUGGCGCGUGCAGGAGAGGUCACCGUCACGAAAAGCGCAUGGAAAUAUGUCGACUCGGAUGCGUACCGACGAAGCGAGCCUAGAAGAAACUGUGUCAUCUUGAAAUCGAUACCAUCGUCAAGAAGAGAGGAUCUACCGCUAAUGAGACGUAUCAGAAACGAUCGAGUCUUCAAGGCUAACAUGCAGAGCAAUCCGCACUACUUCAAAUAUGUAAAUAAGUCGGCAAUCCAUCGCUUGAUUCUUUAUCCAAAUGGCGAUUUCCCAGCGCAAUUCAGAAACGCCACCAUUCUCUUUGUUAGCCUGGGAGACGUCAAGCCCUGGACCCCUGAUGGCCUUGCUCUUUGUCAGAACGCGUUCCUUGUUGUGCAUAAAGUGACAUCCGCGUAUGCAGGAUUUAUUCAACAGUUCGCUGUCGAUGACAAAGGCGCCACCAUCCUGUGCGCAUUCGGCCUUCCAUACCCACACUCCCACGAGAAAGAGGCGAUUUUUGCAGCCAAAUCUGCAUGGCUAAUCCGACAACGACUCCUUGACGAAGAUGUUCGGGGUUUCAAAAUAUCGCUGGCGACGGGCGUCAUUUUCACGAGCACGAUUGGUAACGAGUUCCGUCGCGACCCUGCCAUUGUAGGAGACACGAUUGUUAUCGCUGUCAGGAUUCUGAAAUUUGAGUAUGCGACAAAUUCAAUUGUCUGCGACGACGCCACUAUGGUUGCUUGCACCAGUGACCACGAUGACCUGUGUGAUUUUGAAGACAUGGGCGAAGAGUACGUCAAAGGCAAGCUAUACCCUCUGCGAAUCUGGCGACUAGUCCACUUUGGCGCCAAGAAUCAGGCUCAUCAAUCAGACGAUACAUUAGAGGACGACAUUGUCGGAUACGAGUCCGAGCGGGAGAAGGUCACUAAGUGUCUAGAGGGUUGGGCACAGGCUCCUGACCGAAAUACCCUCCUGGUGAUGGGCCCAAGGGGAUCUGGUAAGAGCAUGUUCCAUCAGCAGAUAUUUCAUGCUGCCGACAAGAAUGGAUUCCGGAUUUGCUCUGCACCUUCUGCAGAGGUCGAGCAGAAUACCGAGUACUAUCCGAUAAAGUUUCUGCUACUGGACCUGUUUGAUAUCAUGCACAAACACGAUAUCCCCUAUUCUGCCAAGACGGAUCCGGCGAAUGCUCCACCGAGGGCGAAUACGGACAUCCACGACAUUAACAAGACUGAUCUCGAGAUGGUGCCUCCGAUAGCGUUUGCGAACAGCAAGGAUUCUUCCGGAUGUACUUCAAUGCAUACCACCGACACUAUCAUGUCAACAGGGGCAGCUAAAAGUCAGUUGACCUCCGUACAGGACUCUGGAUCAACCAUGCACUCAGAUGGGCUGCUCCAGUUGCCAGCUGCAAGCAAUAGGCCUUGGCACAGCUCCUUCGGUUCCUCCGAGGAUGUGCCUUUCAGUCCAGAGAUCAAUCAGUACGAUAGACCCAGUGGACCUAACUCAACGAGCCGGACAAAACUAGAGGCUCUUAUCAACAUUUGUCUGGACAAGCUGGGUAGCAAUAAGCGCAACCUGACCACGCCCGUGUUGUACGAUAUCAUUGCAGGCAUAUCAUCAGAUGAUCCGACACCUGUCAUCGAUCCAGAAGAAGAUCACAUUCUGUCAGAGUUCAUUGUCCGUACCCUGAACUAUGCGUGUCGCUACGUCAAGACCAUAGUCAUGUUCCGGGACAUCCAAUGGUGCGACUACAAGUCUCUUAAUAUCAUUCAAGCCAUCCACGAGCGCUGCCCCUCAGUCCUGAUUGUUCUCUUCUCGCGUCCACUGCGAGAUUAUGGGGAUAGUAAUACUCUGAAGGCCAUCAGCAAUCAUCCUAGUCAUCUGGAAAUCACGUUGGAGGGCCUCAGGCGCCGCGAAAUCGAGCAGGCGCUUCUGCGAGCGUUUCAAGACAAGGGCGUCACCCGUAUCAGUCCCGAGAUUAUGGACCUGGUACAAGAGCGAACGAAAGGCAACCCAAAGUUCGUUAAGAGCAUGUCUUUUUUGCUACAAGAGUUCUGUCAUUUCAGUGUAGUCGAUGGCGAACUUUUGACGACGGGCAAGGAAACCGCCACUGGCCCUUCCUCCAAGUCCGUGGAGGAGAUGCUGCAGAAACAGGAUCGUAAAAAGGUUACUCUGAUGCAGUACGAUCGCCUCCGUCCCAAGUUUCAAGAGUUCUUAAAGGUUGCCAGCUGUCUAGGAGAGACAUUCACACUGGCUGAGAUUGCCGCCAUCAAGCCGCUUGAGAGCCUUUUGGGAGCGCCUGAUCAAAAGAAAUCAUACUCGACGGCGAUCAUUGACCUCGACACGUACCGGUUUCUGUCUCUGGCGACCAACCAGCAAACCAAUAUUCAAUUCUCGAGAAACGCAGUUCUACAGACCAUCUACACUUUUACCUCUCCCUCGACUGCCGGCGAUAUCUAUGAAUCGAUUCCGUAUGAAGAGCGCGUCGGUUAUCAUCUCAAGCUGGCUCAAUUUUACGAAUCGUUUCUGGAGCAGGCAGGACACAACGAGGAUCCCACGAAGCAGCCGCUAAACUGCCAAGAUUUGCUACCUAAGAUCACGUAUCACUACAUGAAGACGGACCAUACGGAAAAGAAGAUCAAAUACCUCAAAGCCCUGGCAGCGUUUCAUCUCAAGGGCAACAUGCUGACAGACGCCACCGACAACCUCAAUGAGCUGAUCCGAAUCAUGGAUACAGAACGCGGCGCGAGAGAGAUGGUCAGUGAGGAGGACCUAGCGGAUAUCUAUGGCAUGAAAGGCGAAUCACUUUCCAAACGAAUGCGCAUCGAGGAAGCAGAACCUGCACUUUUGGAUAGCCUAGCCAAGUACGGCAUCUUUUGGCCUUCAAGCAGGAGUCAAUGGAGGCGAGUGUUGAUGAUAGAGGGACUCAAGUUCAAGUAUUGUUACAACCUUGGCCUUAGUCCUGUCGUACAAAAGCCAGGGAAGAGAGUACCGAAGCCCAGGGUCGACCACAAGGGACAAAGACGGCUCACACGAAUCAUCCGUGUCCUCUCAUGCCUUCAAAACGUCUACUUUUGGCGAACGGAGCCCGACGGAGCCACGCUAUCCUGUUUCUACACGCUUAAGUGCUCACGCAAGUUAGGUAUCCCGAGUGGAGAUCAAACGACUUCUCUAGCCCGCAUCGCGAUCAUUAACUACUAUCAGGGCAACAAACAUGAUUGUGAGAAGUACAUGGACGAUGCGCGACGCAGUAACGAAACCGACGGAGCUACAUUUGGAAUGUUCUCCGCCAUGGACGCGUACACUGAAUACAGCGAGGGGCAUCUGGAAAAGGCGCAUCGCCUUCUGGACGAAGCCAUUAGCGAGAGCAAGACAUUUGGAGUUGUCACACAUCUGGCAACGUUCUACAGAGCAGUGACCUCAAAAAUCGCCUACAGGAUGUGGGAGGGCUCCUAUAACGUUCACCCAAAGGAUUGUCAGCUUUUACGAACCCUGUCCGCUGUGGCUAUCCAGAAUGGCGACUCUGAAGGCGAAAUACUGUUCGCGAUCCCCACGUUGGCCAACCUUCUUAUUCACGAUCGUCUUCGGGAUGCAGAGUCGUGGGUAGGGUUGAUUGAGAGAUAUAUCAUGCCCAAGGCUCGACUUAUGAACCUGCUGAUCGUCCAUGGAAUCCUGUCGUUUUACUACGCCAAGACGGGAAACUAUGAAAAAUCUCGCAUCUACAUUGAGUUGCUUGGGCAGAAUAUCCAGAAACAAGGUGUCGGCGCGCAUCCGUUCCCUUUGAUGAGUUGCAUGUUUGCGCUGAUGGCCAUGUAUGAGAUGCACGACCAUGUACGUACAUUCCCCAAGAAUGAUACCCUCGAGAUCAGUCGGUCCUGCCCAUUCCACGCCGACGCAAAUUUGAGCUAUUUCAUUGCUUAUCUCAAAACCGAACCCAUGAAACUCGUGGCCGAGCCCUAUAUCUGUCUCGCAGACACAAUGCGUAGUUUGAUUGUGCCUGGCCAUGAGAGAGAGGCGUCUCAGAAACUGGUGCAGGGAUAUCGGGAGCUAAGUCCUGCACUCGAGGGACUCGACUUUGUCAUGGCCUACUUCCUAACUCAGGUUGGGCGGUAUUCCGAACCAGAACUCAAGGGCCCGUGUUACCAAAGAGCUCACGACUUAUUUAGAUCGAUGUCUAUGAAUCCUUUGAUAUGGCUGACGGACCCAACGUCGGGCUGGCUCCCCCCAACAGUGGCGGACGAGAACCGGGCCGACUUUAUCAUGGGAAGCAUACCAUUACCUGCCAAUACGGAAGCCCUGAAGGAAGGGUCGUUGGGUUGGGCUGCUGCAAAGGCUGCGUCAUCUAGCGUCGCAGAUUUGUCGACUUCACCACUUGUGGUGACAGCAAUAUCCACCCCGCUACAGAUACCGAGGUAUCAGGACGAGGGCGCGUCUGCUAGCAUGGACCUAGUCAUGAGCCAAGAGGUCCAGUUGGAUGAGUCGUCUUUCCAUAGGGAAUUGGCAAGGGCGUCUAUCUCAUCAGCGCCAAUUCUACACGACAUGGAAGCCGGUUUGGAUCGAUCUUCCAUCGAGACCAUGUAGAACCAAAUGAAGGAAUAAAUCCGAUUAAAUGGCGAGGC